GCUUUAAUAGGUGGUCAGCCUCCCGCAAGCCAUGGCCUUCAGUGCGCGGAAGGACUGGUUCGCGGAGCUCUUUGGCUUCCCGGAGGGCGAGUAUGACAUCACCAAGAGACAGCUGCAAGUGGAAGAAGACCCCGCAGAUCCAGGUAUGAAAAUCAUGAAGGGGCCGAACGGGCGCACCUUUCGCGCGGGCCGCUUCAGCACGCCCAGCCUGGCGGAGCUCCGGGCGUGCCCGGAGUGCGCAGCGGCGGUGAAAGGGAAGCUGCGGGUGACCAACGUGAUAGGGGACGUAGCGGCCAAGUUGGCCGAUCGGGAGAACCGCCACGCCACCUUCCAGGUAGCCUCGCAGUUCAACUGCUUGGAGUUUGUGGGCCCCUCCGUGACGCCGGAGCACGGCAUCACAGGCUAUGUCAUGGACCGCACCCAGGGCCCCGCCUGCUCCAUUGCCUGCGGCCCCGCGACUGCCUUCAGGAACUACUUCGCGCCCGUUCGGCGGCCUGAUGGCAAGUGGACGGAGGGCCAGCGCAAAGAGCUGCAGAUCGAGAAUUUGGAGGACCUGUCUGCUGAGCUCUGCCAGAUGCGCGCGACACCUGGAGACAAGUUGGGCGUGGCCCCCUUCUUCCAGGUCCGUGGAGGCUACAGUGAAGCGGACUCAGGGCAGCUGAAGAGGCUCAAUGCAUUUCUGGAAACGCUCGGUGAAGAUGGCCUGGAUCGCUUGAGGAGCAAGCUGCGCAUCGGCGUCCACGCAGACGUAGAGGUCACCUCCAUGGCUUGGGGCGCGAAGCUACUGAAUAACCCGGAUCAGCUGGUUACGCAGGUCUUCGGCUCCGCCUGCGCGGUGGGCUAUAGCCGGGACAGUACCAAGGCGGAGUGGGAGAAAUUGGCCACUCUGAUCUUGGAGGCCUCCUAUGAGGCCACGCUACUGGCGGCACUGCGGCAAAGUGUGCGGCACCGUGGCGGGGGCGGCUCCAAAAAGGUCUUCCUCACCUUGUUGGGGGGCGGGGUCUUCGGCAACUCCAUCGACUGGAUCAUCGGGGCCAUGCAUCGGGCAUUUAGUUGUUUGCGCCACGCGGACUUGGACGUGCACAUCGUCACCUAUGCCGGCUCGCCCGCGCCGGGGCUGAUGCAGCUGGAGGAGGAGUUCAGUCCAAAGGCGGCAUUCUGAUCCUGACGGAUGCUCACAAAGUUUGUGAGCAGCCGACCUGGACCAUGACGCAUUCCUGCGGCGUUUUAUUCAUCGAAACCAUGAAACUUCUUCUAGAAGUGCCUUGAUUCAGGCACGUCAGACAGCCUUGCGCGGCGGGUGGCU